AUAACCCUUUGUAAGUAAUGGGUUGUUCUCUCUAACCUUAACCUCUAAUAUCAUUUUUAUAGGUUGCACUGUUACAGCUGAGAUUCAGGGAGUGAUUGAUGCCUGCGUUAAACUGAGUGGGAUGCCUGAUCUGACGCUAUCUUUUAUGGUGAGACAAUUUGAAGGUGUGGAACUGCAUGGGGAUAAUAGUAUUUAAUCAGGAAAGACACAUUCAGAUUACUCUGGUUUUCAAGUACGUCUUGGGGAUCUUACCUUAGCCCAACAUCCAGGGGUUGUCACGAUUACUCAAUUUAAUGGUACUCCUUUUAUCUACCUCGGAAAGAUGAAGGGCAAAGGCAACCCUGCCGGGAAUUGAACCUGUGACCCAAAGGUUGAACAGAUUCUACUGAUGAUGCAUUAGCUCUUUUCAUUGACAUACAAUGAUUGGGAAUCAUGCACAUUUAAUGACUUUGCAAACCCUGAGCAUACUGCGCAGUUAGUGAUAUUACCAUUAAGGCAGCAAGAAUAGUGCAAUGGGAAUUGGGUGCCAUCAGUGGUACAGCCUUCAAGACAGGUGGGAAUGCUGCGUGUUAUAGUAAUAAUGUUGUGCCUAGACUGAGGGGGAAAAAACCUUUUUGGUUUUCAUAGGAUAUCCAUAGUAAUAAACUCGUCACGUCACCUCCUUUGCGUUUUUUUGUUUCUCAGAAUCCUCGAUUAUUGGACGAUGUAAGCUUCCAUCCUUGUGUGCGUUUCAAGCGAUGGGAGUCAGAGAGAAUCCUCUCCUUCAUUCCCCCUGAUGGCAAUUUCCGACUGUUGUCCUACCAUGUCAGUGCCCAGAAGUAAGACCUUUUUCAUUUAUUAAGGAUGAUAAAUAUUAAAUGAGAAUUUGCAUAACUUAAAAUCCCAAAUUCUCAUGGUUUAGUAGAUACACCCACAUUGAAAUUGCAUGCAUUUAAUUUAUUUUUAUUUUUUUUGCAAUAGCUACAGAUCACUUGUCUGCAGCUUUUGCAAGCCCAUCAUCCUUUCUUCCCCAGCCUAGACUUAAUGUGGCUGGGCAAUUACGGACUUUCCAAUGCAGCUCAAUGACAAGUCUUUGCUAAACAACCAGACCGUAACAGCACCAGUUGUCUGAUUAACUUUCUUACAGCCCACCCUCCAGCUGUCAGAUUAUAGAAUUCAAUUUCUUUUGAAUUCUGCACUUUUUGUAAAAUGAAAAAAGGGACACUCUGUACACAUAGAGCACUUCAGCAAUCUAAAGAGAUAUAGGGGUCUUGAGUGUCCCUUUAAUACAAAAGUUAUACUGAUUAUGUGGGACUUUCUCUCUUACAGAGCCUUCUAUUCAUGCCAUGAUAGAUUUAACCCACCGUGACAUUGAGUUCAGAAUCUCCCAUCUUAAUAUCGCUCAAUGUUUUUAUUUUUCUUCUGUUGAGCAGAGAAAUGUGGAUGAUCAUAUUGCUUGUGAUGCACCAUGUCUACCUGGUUAGUUAUGCAGGAUGUACUCAUUACUAGACUUGGGCACAAAUCCCUUCCUGUCACAUUGAACAAAUCAAAUUCUUGGUAAAAUAUGGAUGAAUGAAUAGAUUUGUUCAACAUAGCUGGACCUGGAAAGGAUUUGUCUACUCAUUACCUCCGUAGCAGGAACUUACUGAUUGUGCCUUGCAGCUUGGUGGCAAUCCCUGUGUACGUGAAACAUGGAAUCAGUUUUCGAGAAGGUACAAGUUCUGGACGCUUUGAGGUGACGCUUGGACCCAAACAAAGCAUGGGAAAAACAGUGGAAGGUGUGACCGUCACUGGGCAGAUGCCAAAGGGUGUCCUCAAUAUGACACUGACCCCCUCACAGGGAACAUAUGUUUUCGAUCCAGUGACCAAGGUCAGGAACACAUGUUGUGUUGUGUGUCUACAGAAAAUUGGAAUGUACUUUGUAGUUUCUUGCGUUGGCAAAAUGGGCUGCACUUUGCUACAACAUUGCAUAUUGUAUUAGUGUAUGACUGUGCAUGUUAAUAUAAAACUCUAUUUCAAUACACAUUUAAAAUCAGACUGAAAAGGGAUGUGGCAGUGUGCCCAGAUAAAAGUAUGUCCAUAUUUGGUUUUGUAUUUAGAUGUGUGUUUUCAUGUACAACUAUAGUUUGGCAUAAUUGUGUUCAUCGCUAUGCUUUUGUAAAUAUCUCAUGCUUCCUUUCUACUGCAAACGCCUCUUGACUCAAUAUCUUACUUGCAGCUGUUGUCAUGGGAUGUGGGUAAGAUAAAUCCUCAGAAGUUGCCAAGUUUGAAGGGAACUAUGAUCCUCCAGGCUGGGUCUUCAAAGCCAGAUGAAAACCCUACACUCAAUUUGCACUUCAAGAUCCAACAGUUGGCCAUCUCUGGUAUGUCAAGGAGAGUGGUUGGGUAUUGUGCUUGCAAUAUCACUGCAAUUCAUUUAUCCACUAUCAACUACAUUUGUUUAAUCAGAGUAACAAGGAAUACUAUAUGCUCUAGUAAUGUUAAAUCUUCUAAAAACCUUUGGCUUACAUAAAAAAAUGGUAUUUCAAAACUGGUAGCUAUUUCAAAUUUUUUUUUUCUUGUCCAUAAACAGCAAAACAUACACUAGUCUAAAAUAACCAGGCAGAAUGAAGUACAGUCAUCUUAAAAUAUUACAUUUCCAUAAUUUGAUAUUGUAAGAAAUACAGGGUCCCAGAACAGCUGGAGGGACCGUGUGCCAGUAGUAAAUAGGCCACAAAUCAUCCUGAUUGGCUAAAGGGUGUGAUCUUCUGGAUUCCAUGCCAUGUAAAUCUGAAAAGGUGCCAAACAUGAAAACAAAUACUCAGGGGAAAAAAACCCAAAUGGACAAACAAAACAUACUGGAUGAAGUAAAAGGAUGAACAGAUGCCAACUAUAAUUAUUCGGUAGCAAAAACAAGACCACUCCCAGCCAACAUAAAGAUAACAAAAUGCCUUUUUUGUCUUGAAAAGCUCCAAGCUAAGUACACUCUAAUUGUUACUCAGGUGACUACAAAACAAGGCAUAUUGAUAAAAUGGAUUGCAGAAUGGGAAACCGCAGUGAAAUUAAAGCAAUCUGAUGCAGAGGUCAUGAGUGAUAUACCAUGCGUUUUUGUGCCUUAAUAUAGCUCCCACGGAAGGUACACCCACCUGGCCAUAGUGAUUUAGUACCUGUUUAUAGGUUAUAAUUAAUAUAUCUCUAUAUGUUGAAUAAUGUUAAAGCAGUAUUUUGUCUUUUCCUUUUCUUCAGGCCUGAAGGUAAACCGACUGGACAUGUAUGGAGAAAAAUACAAACCCUUCAAAGGCAUCAAAUACAUGACCAAGGCUGGAAAAUUCCAAGUCAGGACAUAGGGCUAGAGUUCAGUCUGCCUUUUCCUACCUUGUGUUCUGUUAUUGUUAAUGCUCCUAUCUCAGUAUCUGUGUGCGUGUUGCUAUGUAUAAGAAUGCUAGUAUGCCAUAUGUGUGGAUGGUUUGAGUUGCACCGUGUGGCUCUACAGUAGAUCUUGGCAACUGCUAAACUUCUGUUGAGCAGUGAGGAUGUGUGGUGAUGGCUUGCACUGGCAUUCUAGUCUAGAGUAGAUGAAAACUAGAUUAGUGUGCCUGUAGAGAAUGUGGUGUAGUCCUAUGUGUGCAGUAUGUUUAAAAAUAAAAGUUGUGGAUAUGAAGAGUGCAUUAUUGUAACAUGUUCAUAAUACACUAUACAACUGUGACCAUUUUGACAUAAAUAAUUACUGAACAUGUUCUGCUGUGGUUGUGUG